UCUGUCCCACAACUCGCCUGAAUGAAAACAGAGGAGCGACGUCACUACCAGUGAAGCUGUGGCGAUAAAAGUCUCUUGCAGCCUUCCUCUGUGGUGCUUCUUCUCGGGUGUCAACGGUGUACGUCUUUGAUCAGCGCACUGUGUGCUGGACGUGACAGAGCAGCAUGGACCCACGAAAAGUGGCAGAGUUGAAGAGCUUCGUGCAGCUGUGCGAGUCCAAUCCCGCGAUCCUGCACCUUCCAGAGAUGAGCUUCUUCCGGACCUGGCUGCUGAGCAUGGGUGCAAAGAUCCCUCCAACACCCAAGACAGAGGAUUCAUGCCAGGGUGGCUGUCCUUGUGGUCCUCCUCCUACAUCCGCUUCACCUCCUGAGCCCGAGCCUCCAGUACUGUCCGAGAGCGAGGAGAGUGAAAUAGAAAUUGACAAAGACGGAGUGAUUGAGCCAGACAACGAUGAACCUCAGGAGAUGGGAGAGACUGAAAACACUGAGGUCACAGAUGAGAUGAUGGACCAGGCCAAUGAGAAGAAGAUAGAGGCCAUUAAUGCUCUGGGAGAAGGUGAUCUGCAGAAAGCUCUGGAUCUUUUCACUGAAGCCAUCAAGCUGAACCCUUGCCUAGCCAUCCUGUAUGCCAAGAGGGCAAGUGUCUACAUCCAGAUGCAGAAACCCAACGCAGCCAUAAGAGACUGUGACAGAGCCAUCAGCAUCAACCCAGACUCUGCACAGCCUUACAAGUGGAGGGGAAAAGCUCACAGGCUGCUGGGCCACUGGGAGGAGGCAGCCAGGGACCUGGCCACAGCCUGUAAACUGGACUAUGACGAGGACGCCAGUGCGAUGCUGAAGGAGGUCCAGCCUAAGGCCAACAAAAUCAUGGAGCACAGACGCAAAUACGAGCGCAAGAGAGAGGAGAAGGAGAUCAGAGAGAAACAGGAGCGGAUAAAGAAAGCGAGAGAGGAACAUGUGCGGGCUCAGAGGCAGGAGGAAGAGGCGCGACAGUUCGGAGGGCCUGGGUUCUUCCCAGGUGCUGCUGGGUUCCCAGGCGGAGCCCCUGCUGGCAUGCCAGGUCUCGGUGAACUCCUGAAGGAUCCUGAAUUGCUCAACGCCAUGAAGGACCCUGAGGUGAUGGCUGCCUUCCAGGAUGUGGCGCAGAACCCAUCCAACAUCUCCAAGUACCAGAACAACCCCAAAAUCAUGGCCCUCGUCACCAAGCUGAGUGCCAAAUUUGGAGCUCCACCGCAGCCAUAGACAGGAAAGGACUAAAGUGGAGAGGAGAGGGGAGGGGGGAAUGGAUACGUGGUGAAAACAAUCUGGAGAGCCACAAACGCUUUUCAACAAUUAUUCCACUGUGUGCAGAUCAAACAUGGGAGCAGGUGACACAUUACUUGGUGUGAUGUAGAGAAAAGUGGGGCUACUUUUUAAAUGUUCUUAAUCGGCCUGUUAGCACUUAGCAACGUCUCAACAAAGCAACCCGAUGGUUAGGAGUCAGGUCUGAUACUUAGACAACCCCUCUGACGCGUCUCAGCUGGGACCUCACUUAACCACAGGUUAACCUUUAUUAACCUGUAUCUGGAAAACCUAAACUGGGAGCUCCCGCAUUAAGACGCUAGCUCACAAACAUUUUUACAGCCAUUUAAUACAUGGUGAUGGUUUAGCUACUGGGUUUUUUUUUGUUUCUCUCUGAACAGAGCCGAACUCUCACAUACAACUGUCAGCACUUUUUGUUAACAUAUCUAUUACUAUUACAAAUGCAAAAAAAACAAACAAAAAAAACCAAAAAAAAAAACGUACUGAUCCUGAUGUCUGACCCUGUUGGAAAAAUAAUGAUUCACAAUAAUAAAACCUCUGUUGCUGCAAAACAGGUUGGACAUUC